UCACGGCACCCAGCACAGCACUGGCCAGCAGCUCCAGCCCUUCCCCGUGGGCCUGCCCAGCCCUGGGUGGCGUCCUGCUCACCCCAUGAGGCUGCAGCGGGUGAUGCAGGGGGCCCCCCAGCUGCCCCCAUGUCACUGUCCGAGGCAGAGAUGUUAAGUGUUGUUCAUUAAUUAACCUAGACACCAGGUGUGUUUUAAAAGGACUGAUUUUUGUGAGGGAACGUGUUUUUUUUUUCCUCACUGUGCUAAGGGACAGAGCAAGGGGAUGCAUUGACCUGCCCCAGUUCUGGGUGCCCAACAGCACCUGCCUGGUGCCCCCUCCGGCCCCACGUGGCAUGGAGAUGUUGAACUUGCUGACCACGUUACAUGGGCUCAACUGGGCUGAAGUUGUCCUGAGGCUUGGACACCGCCUGAGGCUCGGCAGACGCAGUGCAGGGAUUUCUGUUUCCCCUAGGUAUCAGUGAGCCCUCUGGGCUCUGGCCAGCCCUGGGACCAUGGGGCCAGUGAAGCGCAUUUGCUGCAUUGGGGCUGGCUACGUGGGAGGGCCCACAUGCAGCGUCAUUGCCCAGAUGUGCCCAGAAAUUGCUGUCACAGUGGUGGAUGUCAAUGAGGAGCGUAUUCGGGCCUGGAAUUCGGACCAGCUGCCCAUUUUUGAGCCUGGCCUGCAGGAGGUGGUGGAGGCCCAGCGCGGCAUCAACCUCUUCUUCUCAACUGAUAUCGACAAGGCAGUGAGAGAGGCUGACAUCAUCUUCAUAUCGGUGAACACUCCCACCAAGACCUUCGGGCUCGGCAAGGGCCGGGCAGCUGAUCUGAAGUACAUCGAGGCCUGUGCCCGGCGCAUCGCCCAGGUAGCCACAGGUUACAAGAUUGUGGUGGAGAAAAGCACAGUGCCUGUGCGAGCAGCUGAGAGCAUCCAGCGGAUCUUCAAUGCGAACACCAAAUCUGACCUGUCCUUCCAGGUCCUGUCAAACCCUGAGUUCUUGGCUGAAGGCACAGCCAUCUCCGAUCUGAAGAACCCCGACCGUGUCCUCAUUGGUGGUGACGAGACGCCCGAGGGGCAAAGGGCGAUCGAAACCCUCAGCAGCAUCUAUGUGCGCUGGGUGCCCAAAACCCGCAUCAUCACUACCAACACGUGGUCUUCAGAGCUCUCCAAGCUGGCUGCCAACGCGUUCCUGGCCCAGAGGAUCAGCAGCAUCAACUCCAUCAGCGCCCUGUGUGAGGUGACAGGGGCUGACGUGGAGGAAGUGGCCCACGCCAUUGGCACAGAUCAGCGCAUUGGCAACCGCUUCCUCAAGGCCAGUGUGGGUUUUGGGGGCAGCUGUUUCCAGAAAGAUGUCCUCAACCUGGUCUAUCUCUGUGAGGCUCUCAACUUGCCUGAAGUGGCUCGGUAUUGGCAGCAGGUAAUCGAACUCAAUGAAUACCAGCGCCGGCGGUUUGCUGCCCGUAUUGUCAGCUGCCUCUUCAACACUGUCACGGACAAGAAGAUCGCGCUCUUAGGCUUCGCCUUCAAAAAGGACACAGGGGACACAAGGGAGUCAUCCAGCAUCCACAUCAGCAAGUACCUGAUGGAUGAGGGUGCCCGCCUGCACAUCUAUGACCCCAAAGUGAAGAAGGAGCAGAUCAUGCAGGACCUGUCUCACACCACUGCUUCAGCUGAGGAUCCAGAGAGGGGGCUCAGCCUGGUCUCCAUUGCCUCAGACCCCUACGAGGCCUGUGACAAUGCCCAUGCCAUCGUGAUCUGCACUGAAUGGGACAUCUUCAAGGAGCUGGACUAUGGGCGAAUCUACCAGGCCAUGCUCAAGCCGGCCUUUAUCUUCGAUGGCAGGAGGAUCCUGGACAGCCUGCAUGGCCGGUUGCAGCAGCUUGGCUUCCAGGUGGAGACUAUCGGCAAGAGGAUCAGCCAGCGCAUCCCCUUCACUGCCAGCACCAUCUCCCAGCUGGACCUCCAGGCUCCCCCCUUGAAGAAGAUGAAGAUAUGAUGUAUCUGCAGAUUCAUCAUAAGGUACAUUGGAGAGAUGAUGCAUCUGUAUCUGAUGGGUGCUGCUGACCAUGGAUAAGAUGGGUGGUCUUCCUGGAGACAGGGACUCCCUCUCCAUUGGCUCUUACCAAAGCUGGGCUGAUGUCUCUCCUUCCAGACUGUUGUAAUAAAGAGAUUUGGCUGCUUCA